AUGUCUCAAUCUGUGGAUCAACAAUCAGAUUUGGUCGGACAUAACAACAACACCAAAACGAUCACUACGAACCCACUGGCUCUGAGUCUCUUGAUCGGUCUGAACAACAAGAACAUCUCAGAUUCUGAUUUUGUAAGGAGCCCUAAAUCUCCUCUUGAAUUCAGGAUGUUGUCUACGAUGGCUGAGCCAUUCUUCCUCAGAUCUCCUAUAUCUUCACUCACUGCUCAUCUCAACUGUUGUUGUGGCCGCCCUGCUAAAGUUGGGUUAUUAAGCAUUGUGGAUUCUCUCGGAGUCGGCGAUGAUCGGAUUCUGUCACCAGAUGUCGUCUUUGGACCCGCUUUGAGGAUUAAGGACAAACAUCCCAACUUGUUCCCAGAACCACACAAGCCUGGCCCUGUGAAGAAGAUGAUCGAAAAGGAAAGAUCUGGUGUCGUUUUCGAAAUCGGCGAGAACUCAUCUGAUACUGAGCCAAUCGGGUUAAGAAACCGAUCCUUUUCUGCGAAUGAUUGUUUGCGAAAAACCCGAGUUCUGUCUCGAUCCAAGUUGGGCGGAGAAGGGUACUUCCGGGGGAUUUGUUCGGACAAUGUAUUCUCCUCUUGUCUAUCUGAGGAGGAUUACAUGGAGGAGAUGUCAGAGGACUACACUUGUAUCACUGCGCAUGGUGCUAACCCGAAAACCACUCAUAUUUAUGGUGACCGAGUUUUAGAGUGUCACGCGAAGGAAGAUGAUAUUACAGAGAAACUCUUCAAAACAGAGUUAGGUUCCACGUUUCCCUCGGAUCACUUCCUCAACCUCUGUAACUUUUGCAACAAGAAACUUGAUGUCGGCGAAGACAUAUAUAUGUACAGAGAGAAAGCGUUUUGCAGCGCAGAAUGCCGUUCAGAGGAGAUUAUGAUAGAUGAGGAGGAUCUGGAGGAUUCGUUCAUUCCACUGCAAGAAUCUUCAAAGAAGCUCUUCUGA